UUCAGUUGUGUGUUUACAAGUGUUUUCAAUGUUAUGAUUGUGAACAUUAAUUUUCUAUCGUUGUUAUUUUUUAAUUAUAGUUUGUUUUAAAACGUAUUGUUCAUCGUAUGUUGUGUUAUAAAAGUUUGCACUAAAAUUCAGUGUCGUAGUCAGCGCUGUAAUUUGUUUUGUUCGGGAAAUUCAGACUUGAAAAAUUAUUUGUUGGUAAAAAACUGUUAUGAAUUAACAUUUUUUAGUUGCAAUUUUUUGGCGGGCCGAACUUGGAGCAAGAAAAAUGCAAGAAGAACGUUUUAUAAUUAAAUAUAUUAGUGUAAAUAAUUGUUUUCUAUAUCUGCCAGAUACGUGGUUGCGAAAAUUAAUAUCAAAGCCAAAUGUUGUAAGACUGACUCAUAAAUCUGCAGAUUACUAUUUAUCGUGGUAUUUAUUACCAAGUCCAAAUGGUUACCCUUCAUUAAGUGCAACUUUUGCAAGAAGCUUAGGGAUUGAGGAAGGUGAUGAAAUUUUUAUUACUUGUCAAUCUGAACCACCUUCGCUUACAAGUGUAAUAGUAACUCCAAAAAGUAUACAAGAUCAAGAAAUUCUAGAACAUCAAUGCGACAAAAUUCAGUCUAUUCUUUUGGAUCAAAUAUCUGUUGUUGCGAGACAUCAGCCAAUUGUCGUGUGGGUUUCCAAACGUCUUCACGUAACAAUUCUCGUUGAUUCCCUCAAUCCGAAUUUUCGUUAUGGAAAAUUGUUCGAAGAUUCCGAAGUGCAUGUGAAAAAUGCAAUUGUUAAAACUGGUACAAAGUGUAUUGAAAAGUCGACAGUUUCACAUGAUGUAAAUACUGCAAGUGGAAUGUGGAGUAUAUUCAAGUAUCUGCCACCGAUGUUUUCCAAGACAAAUAAAAUCGCAAAUGAGGAAAACUUUUCUGUCGAUAUUCAGGCAGAAUUGAAUAAAUACAUAAAUAUUGGUCCUCCUGAAGUCUUCCGUGUGCAUGAGAUGUUUAAGAUAGAAAAUAUUUCAGAGGCAAAUGAAUUCGACGUUUCCUUACAGUGUCCGUAUAACGUUUUUAUUCACAAACGUCAUUUGCCAAAUUUUUUUCAUUCAUCGGAGGAGAAUUUUUGUAAAAUAAAAAAAGUCAAGGAAAAUUUACAGUACAUUGAAACGGGUACUGACUUCCUAAGGGACGAUACUCAAAAUAUUCCCAAAGAGUCAACGGAGUUUAUUGUCAAAUUAUUGUGUUUGGAAGAUUAUUUGGAGAAGUGCUCUAGUUCAGUUGAUAAAGAAUAUUUCAUGGCGACUUCUCUACAUAAGUGCAUUUAUCUAUCGUCGAAUUUAAAAAUGAAUUUGAAAGUCAGACUUGGAGGGAAAGUACUUUUGGAAUCAUAUGAAUCAGAGGACAACAAAAUUUCGUCAAUUGAGAUAUUUUCUCUAAAUGAUAAUGUGACUUCUGAAGAUUUUCAAAAUUUUGUGAAUCGAUUUACGAAAAAAGAGAAAAUUGUUAUAAAUUCCUGUGCCAAACUUGUAUUUGAUAAUGGAAAGACUUGUCUUUUGAAAAUUAUUCCUGAGUGUAAAUACGCUCGUCUCGACGCCACUACUUUAUCGAAUUUAAAAAUACACGUGAAUAUAGUAGCAAACAAUACUGGUCGAGACACUAAUCAAGAUCUACAGAAUGAUGAAUCAUGGAUUAAAAAAAUUACACUCGGAAUUUUUGAAGACUUACUUUCAAAAUGUGAACUUACAUUGCGCUUGAGUUUGGGAUUGCAUAAUAUAAAGGACUUGAAAUAUAAUCGUGAAAAUAUUUUAAUUUGUGGAGAAAUGGGCUCUGGAAAAUCAACUUUUUGUAAAGUUUUAGUAAAUCAAAUACAAAAGCCACCGUAUUUUAUUCACACACAUAUAAUUGAGUGUUUACCACUUAAAGGCAAAAAAAUGGAAGUAAUACAAAAAGUAAUUCAGUCUGCAAUGGCAGAUUGCAUAUUUCACGAGUAUUCAGUGCUUAUUCUUGACGAUUUAGAUAGCAUAACAAAUGCUGCGACAAACGAUGAAGAAAUGACUCCUGAUUCAAUGAAUGCUGCCAGGAUAACAGAUAUGAUUUUCAAUACAUUGUCCCAAUAUCAAACGAGCUAUUACAUCACAUUGAUAGCUACUUGUUCGGAUGUAAACAAACUUGGAGAAAAAUUAAAAAUUGCGAAAGGAGUUCAUUUUUUUCGGACUAUUGUUUCAAUUCCGGUUUUAGAAAAAAACGAUAGAAUUGAAAUUUUGAAAGUUCGACUCCGAGAUAAAAUGGAAGUUUCCAGUGAAAUUAAUUGGGAUCAUUACGGAAAUAAGACAGAAGGAUGGUUAAUUCAAGAUCUAGUGGAUAUGUCAGAUAAAGCUGCUUUCACUGCCUGGAAAAGACAUGUGAAUAAUGAAUUAAAAUCGAAAAUUACACUUGUUGAGGAAGAUUUAUUGGAAGCUUCGAAUAACAGUGUGCCAAUGUCUUUGGAAGGUAUUAAUUUGUACAAAGGUUCCGGAAAUACGUGGUCAGACAUUGGAGGUUUGACAGAAAUAAAGCAGACAUUAGUUGAGAUUCUACAGUGGCCUUUAAAGUACCCUCAAAUUUUCAAAAAAGCUCCCAUAAAGUUACAAAGUGGUGUUUUGUUGUAUGGAAUGCCAGGCACUGGAAAAACUUUAUUAGCCAGCGCAAUUGCGAAAGAAUGUGGACUGAACGUGAUCAGUGUUAAGGGUCCUGAGCUAUUAUCAAAAUACAUAGGUGCCAGUGAGGAGGCAGUACGAAACGUUUUUGAAAAGGCACAGAAAGCAAAACCGUGCAUAAUAUUUUUCGAUGAAUUCGACAGUCUUGCUCCUAGACGUGGUCAUGAUAGCACUGGUGUAACUGACAGAGUAGUUAAUCAAUUAUUGACACAAUUAGACGGAGUUGAGGGUAGAGAAGGUGUUGCGAUUGUUGCAGCAACUUCAAGGCCAGAUUUAUUAGAUCCAGCAAUUCUGAGACCAGGACGUUUGGAUAAACUGUUGCUUUGCCCUCUACCAAACGAGAUUGAGAGGGAGGAGAUUUUGAAAGCCAUAUGCAAAUCUCAUCGUAUAAAUACAGAGAACCUGAAUUUAAAAGAGUUGGCAAAUUUGUCAACAGGAUUCACUGGCGCUGAUUUGAAUGCAGUUUUAACUCAGGCAAGAUUAGCCGUUUUAGAAGAAGCCGUGGAGGCAGCGAAUCUGGAGGAAAGGAAAAACAUCGAUGAUAGAAAACUGAGUCAAAAACAUUUACUCGUUUCCUUGAAAUCGACCGAUCCAUCCUUGACAUCUGCGGAGAAAAAUAAAUUCAAUUUUAUAUAUUCUCAAUUUUCGAAUGGAGGAGGAUUUUCGGAAAGGACUUUGAGACAGAAGGCAACUUUGGCAUAGGAAACCUUUUUUUUGCACCCUUGACUAAUCGGUAAAAUGGAGCUUUAUGAUGCGUCGUCGAACUGUUUCCGGAUGAUCUUGGACGUUGCUCUCUUCAUAGGAUAAUGUUGCAGUUCGGUGCCGGGUAUAUAGGACGAUGAAAAU